CAUCAUCCUGUUUAUAUAACAGCUUCCAACAAUUUUCUCCACACUGCAACGUUUUUGACCCUCCAAAAUAUGGGUUUCCAAGUGCUGGCCGGAGGCACCAGGGCCCUUCAACCGUGCGCCGCCUGUAGGAUGCUCCGCCGAAAAUGCGACAGUGAUUGCUUGCUUGCGCCCUACUUCCCAGGUGAUGACGUGGAGAAGUUUGCUGGCGUGCAUAGAGUGUUUGGUGCCAGCAAUGUCGCUAAAAUGAUAAAGAUAGUGGAGGAGACAAAGAGGGAGGAUGCUGUCAAAGCAAUGGUCUAUGAAGCAACAGCAAGGCUCAGAGACCCUGUUUAUGGCAGCGUUGGAUCCAUUUUCCAUUUGCAGAAGAUGGUUCAGGAAAUCAAAUUGCAGUUGGAAUCUGUCAGAGCUCAAGUUUCGGACUCGCAGAAACAAAGAGAUCAGCUGUUGGGCAUCCUCAUGAAUCUUCGUCACCUUGAUCUUGUCUCUCCCAUCAAUGACCCACUACUCCUUGAUCGUGACAGUUUCACCUUAGAUGAUGAAACCAUGGCAUAUGAUCCUGUUAACUUUCCUGUAGAAUGUGAUUGGAUUUCGUAAGGAGAAUAUAUAGAAAAUCGCUUAUAAUA